AUGGCUUCAGAGGACCUAUUACAGAUAUUAGAGAGUGCGCCACAGAAGGUGUUUGAUGUGGUGCGUGAAGAAGAUAGCAAUACUGUAAGUACAUACUUCUGUACGUUAGUUAAGCAGUUGCUUGACCCGGUAUCCAAAGACUUCUCAGUGUUGGAUGAGAUCUACACUGAUGGCUUAGAUGCACAGCAAGUGUUUGGGCAAUCAAAGCUUGUGUUGGAAGGGGUUUCAUCAAAGCUAUUGUUUGACCGUAUACCAGAGUUAAAGGAGAAGGCUGGUGAUAGUGAAGAUGAAGACGAGAAUGAUGAACAAGACGCAGCGGAAGAAAGUGAUAUCAGCGGUGACGAAGAAGAUUUUGCAAGUAUACAAAGGGAUGACUCCUCAGAAGGUGGAGACGAUUUACAAAGUGACGAUGAUGAUGUAGAAGAAGGUGUAGACGAUUACAAUGAUUCUGAUACACUUCACGAGAACGUCCUGGAAGACGAAGAGGAACAAGAUGAAGGAGGUGACAUUGGAUCAGAUACAGAGACUGUGGUUUCAGCCCCUAAGAAGGAUGCUUUUGGUUUGAACGAUGAAUUCUUUGAUAUCGAUGAGUUCAAUAAGCAGAUAUUGGCAUUAGAAGAUACUACACAAAAUAAAAUCCAACAUGACGAUGAUGCAGACGAGGAAGAAAUAGACUAUUUUGAAGACCUUAGUGAGAGUGAUGAAGAGGAAGAUAUGCCUUACUUCGAUGACUUUUAUCAGAAACCAGGACAAACCAAAGCCUUCAAGAAGACACUGAAUGAUGGUGAAGACGAAGAAGAGGAAGACGAAGAAGAGGAAGACGAAGAAGAUGAGCAAGACUUUGCUUUCGAUGACGAUGAAUAUGAUCGUGCAGUGGGUGGGGCCAUGAAAGACCUUUUCGAUGAAGAAGAUGAACAACCAGUUCAAUCUAAAUCGCUGGAUAACUUGUCAAGAUUUGAAAAAGAACAAAAGAACCUUCGUGCCGAAAUAGAACAACUUGAAGCUGAAUUAGUUGCAGAAAAGAAGUGGACCAUGAAAGGUGAAGUAAAUUCUGGGCAGAGACCACAAGAUUCAUUGUUAGAUGAUCCUGAGACCGCUGAGCUUGGAUUCGAUAGAGUGGCAAAGCCUGUUCCCAUCAUUACUGAUGAAGUCACCGAGACAAUCGAAAGCUUGAUCAAGAGAAGAAUCCGAGAGGAAGACUUUAAUGACUUGCCCAAGAGGUUUAUCACCGAUGUUUCAUCAUUCCACAAUAAACAAAAAUAUGAAUUGAGUGAAGAGAAAUCCAAGAAAUCACUUGCUGAAAUCUAUGAAGAUCAGUAUGCUAAUGUCGAUCCUAACCAAGAGAUUAAUGAAGAAUUAAAGAAAAGACACGAUGAAAUCAGUCAAUUAUAUGCUAAAGUGUCCCACAAGCUUGAUUCAUUAUGUUCUGCACACUAUGUACCAGCUCCACAUCAAUUCAAGACAAUUGAUAUCAAGGUAACUGAUAAUGAUGCUGCAGCUAUUUCCAUGGAGGAUGCACAACCUAUCCAUGUUGCCAGUGAAGCCACAUUGGCUCCACAAGAAAUCUAUAAGAUUGGAGACGAAAAGAUUCCAAGUGCGGGGGUUAAGGGUAGAUCAGAAGUUCAACUUAAGUCUGGUCUCUCAUACUCCAAAGACGAAUUGUCAAAGGAAGACAAACAAAGACUUAGAAGAGCCAAUAAGAGAAAGAGAGCAAAGGAAUAUGAAAAGCGUCAAGAUCAUUCUGCACAAGUGGCUCAAGCUGAUAAGGAGAAGGGUAGCACUGUUGCAGCCAAUAAGAACCCUAAUAAGAAAGCUAAAGUUAGCGAAGUCAUGGAUACAUUAUCUAAGGCUAAAAAUGUUACUGUCAUUGGUAAGAAAGGUGAAUUACGGGAUGUUAAGGGUAACAUCAAGAAAAACAAAGGACCGCAAACCUCCAAUUCAUUCAUGCUAUAA